AAGCCAAAGAGAGAGAGUGUGUGUGUGUUUUGAUUACUGCCCAUCUACUUCUCUCUCUUCUUUAAAUGAUUAUAUUAUUUAUUUAUUUAUUGUAUUCAAUCCUCUCCUCCACCGCCCACCACCGUCUCUCUCAAUCUCUCUCUCUCUCCUCCCGAAGUCAGCGGGUUUUCUUUUUUCACUUUCCCCUGCUCUAGUCUCUAGAUACCCUAAACCGCCGCAAUGGAUGAUGAUUGGGACCUAAACGCCAUCGUUAGAAGCUGUACAAACGCCGCCGCCACCACCAACACCGCAACACCAGUCACCGCCGCCGCCGCCUCUAUUCAAGACGACAGCUUUAGCUUCAUUCCGGAUCUAUUAACCCAACCAAACAUGCAAAAUACUGAUCAAGAAUUACACGAUCUAUUCAAACCCUUUUCCCCAAAAUCAAAACCCAGAAAUUUCCCUAUCAUCUGCAGUCUCCAAGAUCUAUCUCCAAUUCCUCCUCCACCGCCGCCGCCGCCGCCGCAGCCGCCCAAACAGAGCCCAGAACAGAAACAGAGAUUAAUUCCUUCUUCCCCAUCAAACCGUCCAUGUCCAAAGCCCAAAAGAAGGAAACAGUUACAAAAGAGGGUUUGUCAAGUGACUGCUGAGGGUUUAUCUUCAGACAUCUGGUCUUGGAGAAAAUAUGGGCAGAAACCCAUCAAAGGUUCUCCUUAUCCGAGAAGUUAUUAUAAAUGUAGCACUUCAAAAUUGUGUAUGGCCCGAAAACAAGUGGAGCGGAGUAGAUCCGAUUCGACUAUGUUUAUAUUGACUUACACGGCGGAACACAACCAUCCAAUGCCGCCUGCUCCUCGGAAUCAGCUUUCCGGAAUCAUCAGGCAAAAACCGGAUUCAGCGCCCGAAGUUGAAGUGAAGGAGGAUCUGAUGUUGGAUGAAAUUGGUGUUGACGAAACAAUUGUAUCUGAUGACCUCUUUGAGGGUUUGGAAGAGCUUGCCGGACCAAUCAUCGGAGAUACAAUUUUCAAUUAAUUGUCGACAGGGGAAAUCGCCUUAGGUAGGAGGAACAAGAUCAUUAAAAAAAAUUAGAAUCUUCAUCAUAGAAAAGUCUUGUAUAGGGGUGGGUGGGUGUUGGGUUGUUUAUGAUCAUUAUUAUCAAUCUAACUUUAUAAAUUGGACU